AUGAGGCGCUCGACGGCUCUCAAGGCGGCGGCGGCGGCGCUGCUGCUGCUGUCGAUGGCGGCGGCGUACAUGUCGAUCAUGUCGUACUGGGAGAGGAGCGAGGAGGAGGAGACCCACCGGAUGUUCGUGGAGUGGAUGGCCAAGUGCAACAAGACCUACAACUCCACCGGCGAGGAGGAGCACCGGUACGCGGUGUUCAAGGAAAACUUCCGCCGCCGCGGCCCCGUUCUCAACAUCUUCGGCGACUGGACCGAUGAGGAGCUUCACGCAUGGCAUUCCGGAGGAUGCCUCGGAGAGGGAGACUUAGCUGAGCAGCAGGUACCAGAUCGCCGACAACGAGGACCUGACGGGCUCCGUCCACUGGAGGAAGAAGGGAGCGGUGGGCCGGUGGCCGAGGAUCUGUUUCUAGUUCCUUUAUUAUUUUUUUUCUUUGGGUAA